GAGCGGGCCGGGAGUUCGGGAAGGUGGAAGGAGGAGCCGGCGCCGGGUCGGCCAAUCAGGGGGCGCUGCGCGAACGAGCCGAGGGCCAGCGGCCAAUCAGGGGAGGCGUUGCCCUCGGCCCGCCGUGCCGCCGGUCCCCCGGCCGGGAGCGGGCAGCGGAGCACCGCGGGCAAUACGCUUGGGCUCCGGGAGGCCUCCGGAUCGACCCGGCGGGGAAGGGAGCCUAGACGCGGGCCCCGCAGGGAGGCCCGGCGCGGCCUGGACCUUGGCCCGGCCCUUGUCCCCUCCCCCCGCCGGCGGCCGCGCAUGCGCGCAGCGGUCCAUGGAGUCGUGGGGUCUGGCGGCGCACGCCGAGCCCGGGGCGUUGGGGGAGCACUUUCUGUACUUCGCCUACGGCAGCAACCUGCUCAAGGAGCGGCUGCGGCUGCGGAACCCCUCGGCCCAGUUCAUCUGCGUGGCCCGGUUGCAGGAUUUCAAAGUUGACUUUGGAAAUUAUCAGGGUGUAACAAGUACCUCUUGGCAUGGAGGUAUAGCUACUAUUGUUCAGAGCCCUGGAGAUGAAGUUUGGGGAGUCGUAUGGAAAAUGCACGUGAAAAAUAUAAGUUCUCUGGAUGAACAAGAAGGAGUUGGAAGUGGAACGUAUAUUCCGAUAGAAAUUGAUGUUCGCAAUCAAGAAGGGAAAGUAUUAACCUGCCGAAGUUACCAGAUGCUAGAUUACGUCCCUGCGCCCCCCUCACCGCACUAUAAAAAGGUCAUCUGCAAGGGUGCCAAACAGAACGGCCUGCCCUCUGACUAUCAGAGGAAGUUAGAAGAAAUUGAAACGAAUCACUACGAAGGACCCGUAAAGGUGUUUGAAGAAAUUGAAGCCGUCAUCAAAGAAGCAUUGUAGCAGAUGUCCACUAUAAUUUUAGACCAUGUAUCUAACCGACUUUUUGCCUCAAUUUAUUUUCAUUACUGUCUCUCCUUGACACUUUUGCAUUUUUUAAAAUAUUUGAUAAUAUGAAUCCCAAAUUGUCCAUAAUAACAUUCAGGUGAUAUCACUGCAUUAAUGUAUUCAUAACCAUUUUCUGAAAUGCUGCUACCCAUUGGUAGUUUCUCUUGUUUCUAGCUUUCUACGGGGAUUGGGGUCAAGGCUAGGCCAUGACAAUUGUGAGACAGUGUAAGAAUUGUGCCUGGUGAAAAUUCUUCUUUGGACAAAGGCUAUGAUUUUAGGUGUGGUGUGAUGAGAAGGAGACUUACUUACGACCUUUCCCCAAAGUAUGGGGGGGGGGUGCUGCUUCCUUUUGUUUAGCUAGGGUGGGGAAAUUGGAGAUUGCUUGAACUAAAUGGUGAUUUUGAUAGUAAAAUGAAUGUGAAUGCUCUGUUAUUGUUAGAGGAAUACCCUGACCUCGUGGUUCCACAUGGAUUCUGCUCUUACACCAGAUUGGAAGAAGUAAAAGUUUUUAUCUGAACCAUC